AGCAUCUCUCUUGUAAGGACCUUCCCAAAAAGAAGCUGUCUUCUGCUUCUUCUUCCCCUUCUCUCCUUCUGACGCCAACAAUAUUUCUCUGCGAUCGAAGCUGUGACGAAGCCCUAGAGGAAUGGGAAGAGGAAAGAUUGCGAUUAAGAGAAUUGACAAUUCAACGAACAGGCAAGUGACUUUCUCAAAGAGAAGAAAUGGUUUGCUCAAGAAAGCCAGAGAGCUUUCGAUCCUCUGUGACGCACAAGUUGGGGUUAUUGUGUUUUCCAGCACCAGCAAGCUCUAUGAAUAUGGAAGCUCCAGCAUGAUGUCAAUUAUUGAGCGCUAUAAUAAACAAAAGGAGGAGCAUCAUCAUCCGCUUAUGAAUCCAGCUUCAGAAGCAAAGUUUUGGCAGACAGAAGCAACGGUCUUGAGGCAGCAACUGCAACACUUGCAGGAAUCGCACAGGCAAUUGAUGGGUGAACAACUUUCUGGUUUGGGCAUUAAUGAAUUGAAAAAUUUGGAAAAUCAACUGGAGAUGAGUUUGAAGAAUGUCCAAAUCAAAAAAGAUCAAAUUUUAACUGAAGAGAUUAAAGAGCUACAACAAAAGGGUAAUCAAAUUCGGCAAGAAAAUGUAGAACUCCAUAAAACGAUACAAGUCAUCAGUGAAGAAAAUGCAGAAUUACAGACGAAGAUUUGUGAAGCAAGGGUUAUGAAUGAGGAAAGUGGGAAUUCUAAUCCUACAAACACUAUCAGCAACAAAUAUGGAUCACAUUCACCUAUCCAUCUUCAGCUGAGCCAGCCACUGUCUGAAUCUAGUGAAUCACCAGCUAAAGCAAUGGAAUUGGGAUUACAGCUCCUUUAGCAGUGGCUCUUUGAUCUGCAUUCUCAACACCAUGCUACCACCGACUUUCGUGUAAGAGAUGUUUCAAUUCAACAAGAGAGUUAGAAUUAGAAUAGCAUAUAAUGCAUAUAUGGUAUGAGUCAUUUCAUCAGGAAACAUUUAUGUUAUUUGGAGAUGACUCUAUAAAUUAUAGACCGUAAAGCUAUCAAAUGU